AAUGUUUGUCGCUGCCAAGUUCCAAGUUCUUUUCAUAUUUUUAAUCUUUUUCGAGAAAUGAAUAAAAUAUCGAGAACAGAGGCCCUAUCCCCCGAGUGCUGCUCGUUGCCGUCCCUCCGGGAUCCGGUCUGAACUCCGUCACCGGAAAUAAUUGAGGUCUUCCGGCCAUUCGGCCACUCAACAACGAUGGCGGGUGACUUAAGUAACCCGUUCGCCUCCCCAGAAGAGCGCCCAAAAGCCCUAAUUUCCUGUCCUUCCGCGAGUACGAAAUCGGGGAUCCAACACGAAUCAGCAGAAGGCAAAUUUCCAGAAAACCAGCUGCCGGAAGACGAUAAUCCGUCUUCUAUCUGUGUAAUUUGUUUUUCGGACGAUGGGAAAGCGGAGAGAGGCAAGCUCGAUUCCUGCGACCACUAUUUUUGCUUCGUUUGCAUCAUGGAGUGGGCGAGGAUUGAAUCUAGAUGUCCUGCUUGCAAGGGCAGAUUCACCGCCGUUCAUAGAAUUCCCAAGGAUGGCUGUCGAAUCCGUGAACGAAUCGUCAAUAUUCCAAUGCGCAAUCAGGAUCAGUCUGCUACUGGAAAUGAUAUGAAUGGGCCUCAUGAUCCAUAUGCAGAAACAUAUUGCACUGUAUGCAAGGGUGUAGAAGAUGAAGGUCUAAUGUUACUCUGUGAUCUCUGUGAUUCAGCUGCUCAUACUUAUUGUGUCGGCCUGGGUGCUAAUGUGCCAGAAGGUGAUUGGUUUUGCCAUGAUUGCACACUGUCCAGGGCUCAACAUGCUGAUACUGAAAUGGAUGCUAGUGGCAAUGAUCAAAAUCAAAUAGCAACAGUUGAAGCCCACAUUUCCAUUUCCGAUUUAGUAAAAGAAUCGAGUGCUGAAACAGUUGGCAUGCCAUCCAGAAGAGCCCCUUUACAUUCUAAUCGUGAGCAACCUUCUAUUGUCCCCAGUUGGAGAAGCAGCGUGGCCAAGAAAUCAUUUCCUAGUCGUGGUGGUAAAGGUGCUGGAACAAGUGCAAGAACAUUACACCGCUGUCGCAACAUCCAUGGUCAUAUAAGGGCAUUACGUGAAAAUUGGGGUGCCUUACGAAGGGGGUCAUUGAGCUUUCCCUCUAGCUCAUCAUCAUAUGGUGGAAACAGUUCUAAACAAGUAAUUGGUGCUGCACUAAGCAAUAACCAAACAGGUCAACCACACUUUUCAACAGCCAAAAGCUCUCAGCAAGCUUCCGGACCCGAGUGUAAUGAGAGCUCUUAUGAUGUUGAGAAGGCAUGGAGGAUGAUGGAAAUUGCAAAGGCAAAGGCUAUACGUGAGGGAGAUCAAAGCUUGAGAUAUCCCGCUAGCAGACAAAUUGGCGGCAUAGAAGUAAAAGAUUCCCAUACAGCAAAAGGUCAACAGCACAAAAUCAAGAAGCUACAGGAACUGACAAAGGAUAAGAAGGAAAUGGGAAAGCACAGAUCGCCAGAGUUGGAUGAGCAACUUUGUCGUCCUGUAGCAAUUAAGAAGAACAAAGCUUCGAAUGGGUUUUUUCCUGCCAGUGCAUCCAGUUAUGGAGAAACCUCCUUGGGUAACGUGGUCCAGCCGCGUCGAGGUGAUUCCAUCUAUGAAAACGGGAGAAACCCAUCAAACAAAAUCAGGGUGGAUGAAGUUUCAUCUUCCUCCAGAACGAUACAACCCUCGGAGAAAGGCCAUGCUGCUGGUGAGACUCACAAUAAUCAUGAUGCCAAAAACGAGAUACGGACUCUGGUCAAGAUCAAUCUAAAACUUCUAAGCAGAGACAAAAAUUUGGGAUAUGAAGGAUACAAGGAAGUGGCAAGGGUCGCAACUCACACCAUCAUGGGUGCAUGUGGUUUAGAGCCCCCUCCAAGAUGCAGCAAGCGAUUCUUAUCCUACUCGGUGUGCAGCCAUAGAGAAGACGCCCGACAACUCCAUAGAUCCACUCUAAUGCGAGAUUCCUGCAGGGAAUGCUUCCUUGUGUUCGUGAAGGAUGUCGUUAACACCCUGAUGUCAGAAAAAUUGGGGGCAAGCAGGAACUAAAUCGUGUAUGUCUAUUCUUAAGCAGUACAGUUGUUGUUGUAGGAGUGAUGAUAAAUGUAUUGACCGCGGGAGGAUUAGAAUGAAACCAAAGAGAAAGCUGGUGGGGGACCAGAGUUGAAAUUGAAGUUGGAGGGUUAUCCAUUUUUGGAGUGGCAUGGGCAGUGAAAUUGGGGUGCGUGUGGUGGUGGGGCGUGCGGCGUGGCGCGCCACUCUUCAGUCAGGACUUUCUUCGAACAUGUGGGUGUGGUGGGCCUGCGCACGCCGACGCUACGAGAUCACGUGACUUUUCGACAACGUCAGCAGAGAGACACUGAGGGGGACAUACAUGGGCCCACCAAAACCCAAAACUGACUGAUUUUAUCGUAGUGGGUGCGGGUGGCUGCUUUUGGAAGCGGGUCCCACACCACACGUGACACCGUCACGAGAAAGAGAAAACGGUUUGUGCAUCCGACCACGUGCCUGCGGUCCGUGGAGGCGGCAGGAUGGGCACACGUGACCUAACUGCGUCAUCACGUGCCUACUCUACAAUGGUUUCGGAAUUGGGUGCUGUCACCUCAUGGCUCAUUAUUUGUCGCACACGUAAUGCGCUCUUUUUCCUUUUCUUUCUUUUUUUCAAUAUUUAAUUUACUUUUCCAUCACCCACCAAACCCAAAACAAGCUUUAAUUCAUAUCCAUUACUUUUACAUUAA